AUGACUGUCAGCCGAGCUGAUGCUCGUUCAAUUAAUAUGAGCGAAGUAGUGGCUGUAACACCUAGUGGUGGAUCGUCACGCCAGGAAAGCGUGGCACACAUCAAAAGGCAUAAAUUAGCCAACUGUAAUGUUCCUCUUGUCCACGGACGAUCAAAUCCACCGAUCAACACCCGUAGUAGACUGACCACGCAUCAACGGAAUCAUAGUUUGGAUUUUAGGUCAAUGGGUAUCCUGUUGCCGCCAGUGCCGCAGGCAAGUGCGACCACGUUGACGCAUCAUCAUAGAAAUCGAAGUCUCGAUUCCGCGUUGCAACGAAUCCCCGAGGUGGACGUUACGCCGAGUCCAGAAUGCGAGACGACGCCAACGCCGGUAGCUAAAACCACGGUGCCGGCGUGCAAAGGGCGCAGCCGGGAACGCGAGGAUCUCGCCAGUCUCGGCUCGGACGACUCGGGUAUACUUUGCGGUUCCGACAGCGGCUCCAGUGACGCGACCAACGCGGCCACCAGAGAGUCGAGCGUCGAUCACCUUCACAGUCGCGAGAGCCUCGACUCGUCCUUGUCCCAGCCAGGUGACAUGGAUAGCGUGGACGCGGUGGACGGCGAGGAAAGUAGUGCUCCAGUGUCAGUGUCGGUACCGGUGUCACCCGUCGAGCUGGUGCACUUGAGUGAACCUUCAUCAAAAAAUCCCGGUGAUCUUAGUCAGCCGCAUAAACAUGAGAACGCGGCCAGUGAUUCCGAUUCGCAGGUAAUGCGGUCCGGUAACACGGUCUGUACCGUUCAAGAACUAGAGACUCACGAGUACACCGGUGAAGAACGACACGACGAUAUGACGGUCGACGCGAACGAUAAACAGAGUGAACUGACCGGUGCUGCUAUGACGUUGUGCUGCGGAACGACCGUGCAAUCGGAAACUAUCGAGGCAGCUGUUAAGAAACAGACUGGUAUCGUUUGUCGAAGGCAAGAGACUGUUCAACCGAAACCAUCCGAGGGAUGUUUGCUCAGAUUGUUCGAGAGUCAAAUUUUCGACAUGUCCAUGGCGAUCUCUUAUCUUUUCAAUUCUAAAGAGCCUGGAGUUCAAAGCUAUCUUGGGAACAAGAUGUUUAGUUUCCCAGAUAAUGAUGUGGACUUCUAUUUGCCACAAUUGGUUGUAAUGUACAUACAACUUCAUGAUGUUACAGAAGUUCUUUAUCCAUAUCUUGUCCAUAGGUGUAGACAGUCGGCUGAUUUUUCGUUAAAAUGUGCCUGGCUAUUAGAUGCAUAUAGUUCUGAUGCUCAUCUACCAUCCAAAAAGAAGUCUCAUGGGACCAAACUAAAAAAUCUUAUUCUCUCAGAUGAACUCAGGCCAAAAGGAAAUGAGAAUAGAAAACGUGUAGCUGGAUUGCAAACACCUGCGCCACCGCCGUUAACUGCGAUGCAGAGUGUUACAUCUCCUAAUAAAAAGACACACCAAAGAUCUCAAUCUGAUGCCACUGGAUUAUUUCAAACACUACGUCGUAGCCAUUCCGGUACAAUAAAUAAAGUAAGUCUUGGGGACCUGAGCUCUGGUCGAGCAUUUGACAAUGGUUGUACCUGUUUUUAUUCCUGCCAAGGUGUGGUAAAUGAUUUACGAGGACAAAAAACCGACUGCUUUUGCAAUGCGCCGCGUCUUGCUCCAGAACUCGAAUUUAUACAAGCAUUAAUAUCAAUUGGUAAAUUACUUGGAACUAUUCCAACAAAAGAAAGUAAAACUGUUCAAUUAAUAGCAGAGCUUAAUACUCUCAAUUUGAAUCUACCUGCAAGGGUGUGGCUUCCUUUGCACAGUUCAGUACCACAUCAUAUCGUACGAGUGCCACCUCAAUACGCCGCUGUCCUCAAUAGUAAAGAUAAGGCACCGUAUAUAAUUUAUGUUGAAGUGUUAGAAGUAGAAGAUAUUUAUACAUCGCCUGUACCGACAAAAAUAGUGGGUUGCUCGUUAAGGCAUACUAAAUCAGAAGAAAAUUUAACAGGAGGCGAACAGUCUAAUGUAAUUGAUUCAUCAAACAUAUCUUCUUCUGAAACACAACAUAGCAUGCCACCGAUUAGGCAAACUCCGGUUAAAAAUAUUUCUCCGUAUUCCGUUAGAAAUACGGAAGUCGCAUUUAAUUUCCCCGAUGAUGAUCCUAACGACUGUUGGAGCCAAGAAGACGAUGAAAUCACGCAACAGUAUUUACAACUUCGUAAACCAAAAGAUAGAGACACGAUAUCUCAAUUAAGCCAAGAAUCAUCAGAUAGUAAAGAACCAAUAUUUGUACCUGGUGAUAUAAAGAGGCGGUUAAGCGAAAUGGCUGCUGCGCCUAGUGCAACGUUUAAUCAUGAUCCGGAAGAUCCGUCGGCUGCCGUUUUGAAGGAACCAUGGGAACUGAAACAACGUCGCAUAAGAGCUUCCAGUCCAUACGGUCAUUUGGCAUCCUGGAGACUUCUUGCUGUUAUCGUAAAGUGCGGCGAUGAUCUUCGACAAGAACUUCUUGCUUCGCAAUUACUUUCAAUGUUACAAAAAAUCUGGCAGGAUGAACACGUACCCCUUUGGGUGCGACCAUACAAAAUUUUAUGCUUAUCAAAUGAUAGCGGUUUAAUCGAACCAAUUUUAAAUACUGUAUCGCUUCACCAAGUGAAGAAACAGUGCCAAUUAACGCUUUAUCAAUAUUUCGAAAGAGAAUUUGGUCCGUCUACGUCAGAAGCAUUUACCAUCGCGCAAAGAAAUUUUAUUCAAAGUUGUGCAGGAUAUUGUCUCGUUUGUUAUCUUAUUCAGGUUAAAGAUCGUCACAAUGGAAAUAUCUUGCUUCAUCGCGAUGGUCAUCUGAUACAUAUAGAUUUUGGAUUUAUUCUUUCAACUUCGCCAAGAAACUUAGGAUUCGAGACCAGCCCGUUUAAAUUGACCCCCGAGUUUGUAGAAGUGAUGGGCGGAAGUCAAUCUAAACAGUUUCAAGAAUUCAAAAAUUUAAUUCUUCAAGGGUUCAUUGCAGCACGAAAGCAUAUGGAAAAAAUAGUUAAUCUCGUAGAGAUCAUGUUAUCAGGAUCACAACUUCCGUGCUUUCGAAGUGGUGGUGCAGCAACGGUUCAAGGGUUGAAAAAUAGAUUCCACCUAACGUUGACGGAGGAUCAGUUACGUCGACAUGUGGAGGACUUAGUUGAAGCCAGUAUCCAUUCGUGGUCAACUAAAUUAUAUGAUCGGUAUCAAUAUUUCGCAAAUGGCACCCUUUAAUAAUAACAUAAAUUAUUGUUUAUAUGGCAAGGAUAAUGAUUUUUAUAAGAAAACAACAAAAUUUGAUAAUAUGGUAUUCCUUCCAGAAAUGUUUAAACUUGUAGCAUUCCGUAAGCACAAAGUAUCUUUGAACCUAAUUACUCGAUCACACGCGAGUAUGAUCGGUACAUAGGAAAUGCUAUCUAAAACAUAGAUUUAUUCCAGAUAGGAUAAGCUGAUUUCAGUAUAUUAAUUUUUAUUUUCUCUUAAAUUAUUCCUUAGUUUCUUAAAAUAAUAUGAUAGUUGCCUUUUAUAAAACUUGUACAAAUACUACGUUUAUCAAUAAUUAAGGGAUUAUUUGUGAAAAGUGUUGUUUACAAAAACUUCAUGCCACGUAUACCUGUAAAAAGAAAAAAAGAAAGAUGAAGAAAGAAACGAUAAACGAAACAGGGAAUAAUUUAUGAAAUUUUUAUCGUUACGUUAAGUAAUAUUAAAUAUGUAUAAUUGGUUUUGUUGUAUACGUUCAAAUGACUAUGUAUGCCUUAUUGGCAAGAACGAGUUAACUAUGGUCGGUGCAGACUUGGUGAAACUGACUGAAUGUUGGACUGCUAAAUCGUUAUAGCCUAUAACAGCGUAAUUUGUUAAAGGUGCCUUAUUUGUAGAAAAUGGUGGAACGAUCAAAUUUGAACACAGUGAAGUGACUACGUGUGUUGAUCUACUGAAAAAAAAAAGAAAGAAACUGAUCUAUUAUAAAAAGGACAAUCUAUAAUUUGUACAUAAAUACAUUGCAUAAACUUUUGUCGAAUUCCUUUCAUAGAUAAUUUUCGGCAAUAAAUAAUCCCACCACGAUUAAUAUGAAGGAAUUACAUGGUAUUUAAGGUUCGAAUGAAAUAUUCGGAGUGAAAGAAGCGUGCACGAAAGCUCAGAUAUUAGCAGAAGACGAAUACUCAAAAUAUUUCCUACUUUAUAGAUUACUAUUACUAUAAAUACGUUUAAUUAUAAUAAUUAAGAGUAACUAUAGAGUUAAAAUUUAAGGAUCACAUUUGAAAGUUUUUACAUGUUCUUAUUACAUACAUACAUUAAAUAGUCAUAAUGCGAAAAUAUCUUAGUUGUGUGAGGAUAGUUAUUUAAUAGUAUUUCUGCGUUAAUAUGUUUGUUUAAGUAAGUAAAUUAUAAAGUAAAGGAGUAUUGUAUAUAAAGUGACAAAUUUUAUCAAUUAUCAGUUAAGAUUAAAUUGAGAAUGAAUGUUUGAAGCAAAAUCAAAGUCGCAACGAGCCAGCCCAUCAACGAAUUUUGGGCUCUCUGACUUCCAAGUGUCUUAACUCUUUCUUCUGUCGUAACCGUCUCAUGAUAGAAAGGCGGAUCAGAGAUCAUGAAAUAAUUGAUAUUGCAUAACGCUCAAUACACUUUGCAUUUUAACAUUGUACGUUUACGUAAUAUCAUUGUGCUAAUUUUUAUUAGUUAUAUUCCGUGAAAUUUUACUGUUUCCUACACUCGAAUCGUAAGUGUUUUUCCAUUAAUUUCAUAUAAUAAAAAUUUCAAUCUUCUGUACAAUUUUAAACAAUUAACAUCUCUGAUUUGCCUUCUUCUUUCGCUAGCAAUUAUGAGCUACUGAUAAUAUCAAUUAUUAAAUAAAUAUGAAAUUUAAUCAAA